AUGGCUGACUCAAAUGAGCCGUACGUGGUGGUGGGAAGCCAGUACUGCGUGCCGGAAGAGACGGUGCUUAAACUGAAGGAGAAGAUGUGGUCGCUGCGUGAGAAGGCCGAGAUCCGCGACGGUCAGGAACAACUGGUGUUCAAAACUGAGGAUAAGGCAUGGGACAUCAAGGAGCGCAAAACCAUUUACAACGCCCAGGAUGAGCCUGUUUGCUCUAUGGUCAGCAAGUUGUUCUCUAUCAGCGACACCACAUACCUCUGCGCUGGCGCCGACCCGGAUCCCGACCACGCGCUACUCACCGCCAAGAAAGUCAUCCUCACCUGGUCUCCCAUUCUCAAUGUUUUCCUGAAAGGGAACACGUCAACUGAUAAUCCUGACAUCAUUCUCAAGGGCGAUUUUGUUCAGUACGACUUCAACAUUACCACCUCCAGCGGCCGUAUUUUGGCAAAGGUGGACCGUAAGUUUGAUGCUGCAGGUGCUUUCUUGGCGGCUCAGACAUACGUGGUGCAUAUCAAGCCCAAUGUAGACAGGGCUCUGAUUAUGGGCCUUGUUGCUAUGGCUGACAAUAUAUUUGUCAACAAAGUAGACGACUAG